CACCAAACGACAAUGAUACCAUGCACCGACGCUAUCGACACGGUGUAGCUGCUGCACCACUGGCGUGGCCUGGCAGGAACGAACAGCAUGCAGGAAUACUCGAUUUUGGCAUCCUUGGUGGGGCCUCAUUUGACCCGCACAAGCAGAGCUGGGCCUUUGCACGAGAAAUGGAAGAGUUUGUUUAUUGCCGGGCUUCGCCUUUGACACAAAUGCUACCACGAGCACGACGAUGGGAACCUAGGGAGGCAGAGAGAUGGCCGCAGGAACGCACAAUGAUGUCGAUUCCCAAUGAUUUUAGCCGGUCCAACGCCAACGUCCGAUACCUGGAGUCUGAGAUGAUGGGUGACGAGACCUUUACUUAUAUCCCCCUCCUCGAGGAAAUCAUCUCAGAGUCGCAAUACCAUGAGUACAGUUUGUCAUACUACGAUCCGUUCGUGGGUAAUCUUUGCGCUGCAGGAAUGUUUGUGGGAGUGCCUGUGAUCGCAGCACCACAUGGACCUAGAGGAGCCGAUCUGGCGAUUUCACUCAUCCAACACAAACCGAAACAGCAGCCUCCGUACAACAUUCUUGCGCCACGAUCAGCUCUGGCCUCUUUUCCCUCACCAAUCUGCCAGAUCGCCACGCCCGCCCCCCAAAUACAAGCAUCAGAACUUGAUGAGCAAAUUUUGGUCCGCACAAUGGAGUCGGUCACCAUCUUUGCAGCAUCACCUAACGUACCUAGAGCAAUCUCCAGGAUGGAAUCCAGCUUCGUGGACAUCAUUGCUCAAAUACCCGCUACUCCGCCUCAAUGUACAGAUGUGACGAUCCAUGCAGCCAUAUCUCCAUUUUCACCAAAUAUAUAUGCACUGAUUGGCGAUCGCGGGCGGGUCGCACUUUGGACGCGACCCAUGGUAUCGUCUUCCAUGUCAAGUCAUACUGAUGAAGACGAUAGUGACAACGGCGAUGGAGCACAUCGGCGACAACAUAGUAAGGGGUUCAGGAGGAGGAUAAGUCAGGACUUUUCUGGAGCUAGCCUACAGAUUGAGACUUCAAAGUUUUCAGCAUCGGCGGGGACAUCCGAGGUUUUGGUCGUCAGGAAAGAGGAUGCGAAGAGGAAUGACGACCCUUGGAGGACUUGUACAUGGGGCGUUCAUCCCAACCAGUUGAUCGUCGCAUCGAGGGGCAGCAUGGACUUGGUUGACCUCAGGACUAAAGCUGUCCAGACAUGUCUUUUCGAGCCGAGGAAUAGAGAAACCAUUCGGGCUAUUCAGGAGGAUGCCAAGCUUCUUCUGGCACCAUUUCAGACCUAUAUCGCCACUUCACACCAAAUUGCAUGUAUUGACCAGCGAUUCGCAAAGAGACCCGUUAUGUCCUGGGCACAUCAGAUGGACCGCUAUAUGCCUUGUGGUAUUAAAGCUAUGGAUCUGAUAUCGAACGGCGGCAAAUAUUCGACAGUAUUAAUAUGGAACGAACGAGAUGCUGAUAUUGUUGCAUACAAUGUCUCACUCGGAUCCGAUGAGCGUGGUCCGGAGCCCAUGAUUAUGCAAGGCCGGGCACAGGAAUUACCAUCGUUUCAUUCACAUACUCAAUAUACCAACUCCAGCUCACUAAGAGACCCCCAGAAGCGGGCACAAUUUACAUACCGCCCUAACCAUCAGCUCCAGCAGGCGACCAAACCACCCCUACGAGGACUUGCGGUGCUUCCAGAUUCUAUACUUGCGGAGAAGGACGAGGAGGACGACCAGCUUGUGGAUCACGAUGUUUCAGCCAUGGGAAAAAAGAGCGUGUCGAGAUUCUCGUUGGUCCAGUAUGCAUAUACGGGUGCAGUGUAUGCUCAGGAGAUCGUGUUGAGGACAAAGCAGGAGAUUGAGGCCGCGGGAAGCGAUGUUCCAAAAGAUUCAAUCCUGGGCACAAACCUCAACCAGGAUUCAGCACCCGAUAUCGAUUCAGCAAACACGACAUCAUUCAAACUUGUUCAAGAUCUGAUUGCGAAUCAAUUUGAGGAGGAUGAGAUAGUGAAGGCGCUUCUAGAAGCGCCAAAAGGAAAUACUAUGGUCCGGAAACAAAAGGAUGAGGAAGCGCAAAAGCUGGCGGACGAUGAGAAGUUUGAAGCUCCAGAGGUACAUUUACAUCGCAAUGCGGAUCAGAGACCGCUGCUGAAGAAGCUAAAGGAAUUACUACUAGUGGAUCCAGAGGUCCAGGACAACAGGGAUGAUCGGGAUAUUGAGGCUAUGGUGGAUAAGGCCAUGGAUUUCAUCGGGAGUAUGGCCUCACCUAAUUCAAUGCUUAAGAUUAUGCAUGCGAUCGGGUGCGAUAGAUGGUCGACAGACGAAAGGAGUAGGAUCGCACAACUGGUCGAGGAGAACAUCGAGCUCGAACCGUUCGCGACUACAGACAAAGGAGAGAUUGUCCAACGCAGGAUCCAGAGGACUUGGCCGAUUUUAGGCGGCAAGGUCAACGAACUGUUACGAGGGACAGCUCUCACGUUGCAGACCCUCACAGAGUUUCUUGCUGAUAUGUACCCUCUUCCGGAAGGGAGAGCACUGGGACCGGAGCAAGGCAGCGACGGACCAUCACUUACAAGUCUUCUGGAGAAUCUCAGCAUCCCGUCGAACCAAAUAUCUUUGGAGCUUAUGGACGCAAUGCAGGAUCUGGAACAAGAACACCAACGAGGCGUUAUAUGGCCCACGCAGGAGUCUCGGAUGAUCCGAUCCAAUACAAUACGUCGGCUGGCUCAGGAGCUACUAUUGUCGGGUAUAGUCGUUGUCCAGUCAAUCGAGCCGUAUACUACUAAUGGCCAGGAAGCAACCUCAUCGGCCCAGGAAUACCCGACAUUCCAAUAUCUGUUCCAGAGCGCGAAGAAGCCGCCAAAGGUCAUCUUGUCGAAAGUAUGCAAGGAGAUUCUCAGCGACUGGAAUGUGGGCGAGGAUGUCACAAAGUACGCGUAUCGACUGCCGGAGAGGAUGACCAAUCUUGUUCGACAGGAAAGCGAUGCCGAGGACGUGGAUGAGGAAGAGAUCAAGGAGCGUAACGAGCGGUUGCUAGAAUUGCGGCGAAAGCGUGAGCAGCGCGAGAUCAAGAUCUUGGCGGCACGCAAGAACGACCACGGGUAUAAUACCAGUGCAGGAGGAUCUGCUUCCCAGCCCGCUGGAAUCGUCACGAGCAUGUUUGACUCGAGUCCGUUUGGAGAGGCAGAUGAUGAUGGUAUGUUUUCUAUGCCGACCGUCAUCUCGGCCUCGCAGCCCGUAUCAAACGUUAGGGCUGGACUGACACCACAACGGACUAAGCCCAAGGUGGUGCCGCCCAUGAAGCCAGUAUUUUCAGCAUCGCAACCCAAUAUGGUAUCAGCAACGACAGAGAGAAUGCCACAUCCGCAUGGUGUGCGACCCAUGCCGUCGCAUGAUAUUUCGUUUCAGUCAGUCAGUUUUGCUCAGAGCGAGGACUGGGAGGCGACAUUGUCAAUGGAGGACCGAACGCAGGCUGUUUCAUGGAGCCAGGAUUUUGGUACAGAUCUCAGUCAGAGCGAGAGCGUGGGUUUAAGCCAGGACGCAGGGGGGGCGAUGUGGAGCGCGAGCCAGCCUGUACGGGGAAACUUUGCGAAUCGGAAGGUGGUUGCUGGAUCAGGGUCUGGACAGGCAAAGAAGAAAAAGAAGCCGCGGUCGCAAGGAUUUUAGAAGGGGCAUUUGUCAUGAGUCCUUUUUUUUUUUUGCAUUUUAAUCUUGUACAUUACUAGGCGUAGCUCUUAAUUGCAUGCUGCAGUCUGCAUGUUCAAUAGAAACGACAAUAGAAAGUAGAAAGUG